CAGAAAAGCAGGCCGAACUUUCUCGUCGAAAUCGAAUUUCAUUUAUAAGUUUCCGACAGACAUCAUUCGAGGCAAUCGCCAAGCAGCAUAAAGCGAAAUUUUCGUGUGAUUUUCAGUCAAGACAUCAAGAAAACAGUUAAAUAAAACAAACAAAAUGGUUCGUCGUGGACGCUCUGCCAGCCCCCCGCCAUCCGCUCGUCGUAGCGCACCGGCCCCAGCACCCGCACCUGUGCCAGCACGUGCCGCUGCUCCCCCGCCGCCACCGGCACCCGUCUCGGCCCCCCCCAGCGCCGUGGGCAUGCCGGCGCCCCAGCAGCCCUCAAUGUUCCAGCAGAUGGCCGCCACCGCUGGUGGCGUGGCCGUCGGUUCGGCUAUUGGACACACCAUGGGCGCGGGCAUCACCUCGCUGUUCAGCGGAUCCGGCGACAAGGAGGCAGCUGCUCCGGCACCCGCCGCUGCGGCCCCGGCCCCCCAGCAGCAGUACUACGCCCAGCAGCCACAGCAGACGGAGCCGCAGGGCGCUUGCGCCUGGGAGAUCAAGCAGUUCCUCCAGUGCGCCCAGGGCCAGGCGGAUCUGUCGCUCUGCGAGGGAUUCAACGAGGCGCUGCGGCAGUGCAAGCAGGCGCAUCACAUGCAGUAGAGGACGACUCUGCACCUCUCCACAGAUAGACCCCCUACAGAACCCCCUACACUACCUCGGCAGCACAGUAUGGAGAGCACAGUCACCAAACGGAGCGCCGAGCGCUUGUUUCUAAUUUUCGUUUAGUUCUAAUUGUUAAAUGAGAAGGCAUCCAAAAGGGAGAAUGUUUGAAUGUAGUGCGAAAUAAUGUUGAAUAGAAUUCUCCAUUGGCAGUUCCCUCACUUGAAUCCCCGAGAAUCCCCAUCCAAAAAACCCUCUUCUGGGACUGCCAAUGGAGACGAAAACCGAA